AUGGCCGCCCAGACAAGAGAUCAUGAUUGCAAGCCAUUCGAGUCUUAUAGCAUCCCAUCGUACAGUCAGGUUGCUUGCGUUGGCACCGGACUUAGUGCAAUCGCACUUGGAGCCACUUUGAAGCGAUGGUACAACUUUGACGACAUCCGUUUCUUCGAUCGUCAAGAUGACUGCGGAGGGACUUGGUAUAUCAACUCAUACCCUGGAUGUGCCUGUGAUGUUCCAAGCGCCCUUUAUAGCUUCUCAUUUGCGAGCAACCCCAGUUGGACAAAGCUUUAUCCAGAAAAUUCGGAGAUCAAGAAAUACGAGGAUGACGUGGUCAAACAGUAUGGGCUGCGAGAGAAAAUGAGUUUUCGAACAGAAGUCAAAAAGUGUGUAUGGCGAGACGAUGCGAAUCGUUGGCUACUUUUUCUACUCGAUCUUGAUUCUGGAAAGUCAUCCACGCAUGAGUGCCAGAUAUUGUUCGCGGCAACGGGACAAUUAAUCGAGCCUCGUCCGUGUGAUAUAACUGGAACCUCAUCAUUCGAAGGGCAUUUGUUUCAUUCUGCACGUUGGGACCAUAGCGUUGACCUAAAAGGAAAGAAUGUUGUCAUCGUUGGAAACGGAUGUACCGCAGCUCAGAUUGUGCCAGCAAUAGUGAAGCAGACAAAAUCCUUGACUCAGGUAAUUCGGAGCAAACACUGGGUACUCCCAGCAGUCAAUUUCACAUACCCCAAAGUCCUUACAUGGAUCUUCCGCUAUGUGCCCUUCACCAUGAAGCUGCAUCGCUUCCAUAUUUUUCUCUUGGCUGAGAAAGAUUUCCUUCUUUUUCCCAUGACUAAGGCUGCUGCUAGACUUCGAGCGAAGCGACAAAAGGAGGCAGAGAAGUAUAUGCGCGAUACUGCGCCGGCUAAGUAUCAUCAAAAUCUCAUACCAGAUUUCGAUAUAGGCUGCAAGCGCCGCAUAUAUGAUCCCGGUUAUCUUAAAUCUCUGAGCAGCAAAAAUUUCCAACUAAAAGAAACCAAAAUUACUGAGAUUUUACCCAAUGGUGUGAGAACCCCAGAGGGCAUCAUUCCCGCCGACGUAGUGGUUUUGGCAACCGGCUUCAAAACAAAUAGUUUCAUCCCUUAUAUGACAGUCCGCGGAAUCAAUGGGACGAUUCAAGACCACUGGGAACAAUACGAUGGGCCUGAGGCCUACAACUGCUCCGCCAUGAGCGGCUUCCCAAACUUCUUUAUACUCCUGGGUCCCAACUCGGCAACGGGCCAUACAUCCGCGUUGAUGGCUGCUGAAAAUUCAAUCAACUAUGCUCUUCGUAUUUUGAAACCUGUAUUGAGGGGCGAAGCGGCCUCGGUUGACCUCAAGCAAAAGGCAGAAGACGACUAUGUAUACAAGGUUCAAGGCGCUCUGCGAGAGCGUAUCUGGAAUGCUGGCUGCGCAUCGUGGUACCUCAAUGAGAAGAAGUGGAACGCCAUGUCUUAUCCAUGGUCUCAAUUCCAUUAUUGGUACCGCAGUACGUUUCCAGUAUGGUCUGAUUGGAAAGUCAAGAUGGCUCGUAAGCCAUCCACGAGACAUCCUAGCAGCAAAGUAUUGUUGAUUGUUAUCGGUAUUACUGCAGGUUUGCUUCUCAAGGGGUAUCAACCCAAUUCAAAUGCUCUUCUGCAACCUGUACAAUUCUAG